CUUCGCAAGGAUUUCUGGGAUUCCGAGGCCCGACGGUUGAACGACCGCCCUUUUUGGAGCAACGAGAGUACAACAGCGAUACAUACGUCGAGGGAACUAUUAUCUCUAAACAACUUUCUGAAGCAGUGUAGCCAAACUUUAGAGAGGGAUAAGGUCAAUAAUGGCGGCGGAGCUGGAGGUGGAGGUGGACCGAGGCAGUGAGUACCCAGCACAUUACAAAGUCAUGAUGGACAAACUUAAUGAACAACGACAGCUGGACCAGUUCACAGACAUUACCUUGAUUGUGGAUGGACACCAGUUCAGAGCUCACAAAGCAGUGUUGGCAGCAUGCAGUCAGUUUUUCCAUAAGUUCUUUCAGGAUUUUACCCAGGAGCCGCUGGUGGAGAUAGAAGGAGUAAGUAACACAGCCUUUCGCCAGCUGAUGGAGUUCACUUACACAGCAAUGCUAGUUGUAGCUGGAGAAGAGGAGGCCUAUGAUGUCUGGAAGGCUGCUGAAUACCUCCAGAUGCAGGAAGCCAUCAAAGCACUCAGCAAUAAGAUAAACGAGAAUCCCUCGCCGACAGCAAAGAGCAAAGGCAAAAAGAGGAAGAUUGCUGAGACAUCUAAUGUGAUUACAGAAACCCUACCUUCAGUGGAAGGGGAACAGGUGGAGAUUGAAGUGAUAGGAGAAGGGGCCAUUGAGGUGGAGGACACUGGACUGGAGGAGGUGGUUGACGCUGCAAAGACUGCUCAGGAAGCAUCAGAUGACUCUGCUUUGGCUCUUCUUGCUGACAUAACCAGCAAGUACCAGCAAGGGGAACCUACGCUACAGGUCAUAAAGAAGGGAGAAAUAGAAGAGGAGGUGGUGUAUCAGGAGGAAACGGUGACCGCCUCCAAGGUACUUGAAAAUGUCGAGGUCGUAGAGGUCCAGAUCUCCCAAGUGGACAACAUGUUCCGCUGCAACAAGUGUGAUCGUAGCUUCAAGUUGUACUACCACCUCAAACAGCACUUGAAAACACACCUGGGCUCACUGGAAAAACCCCAUGUGUGCCACCACUGCGGUAAAGCCUACACGCGGGAGGGCGCCUUGAAGCAACACAUCAGCACGUUUCAUUUUGAUGCAGAAGAGCUGUCUCGAAACCAGAAACCCCAGAAGAAAGUGCAUGUUUGUGAAUACUGUAAAAAGCACUUUGACCACUUUGGCCACUUUAAGGAGCACUUGCGGAAGCACACUGGUGAAAAACCUUACGAGUGUCCAGAUUGCCAUGAGCGAUUUGCAAGGAACAGCACACUGAAGUGCCAUAUGGCAGCCUGUCAGAAUGGUGCCGGAGCCAAGAAAGGACGCAAGAAACUCUAUGAAUGCCAGGUCUGCAGUAGUGUAUUUAACAGCUGGGACCAGUUCAAAGACCAUCUUGUGAGCCACACAGGAGACAAGCCCAACCACUGCACCAUGUGUGACAUGUGGUUCACCCACCCAAAAGAACUAAAGGUGCACCUCAAACAUGUCCAUUCCAUUGAGGACAGUAAGUCAACUGAAGAAGUGGUCAUCACUGACUCCGCCGGAGCCACCGCUCUCGCCAUCGCAACACAGAGCAUAGAAGGAGCCGAAACGGUUCUGCUGGACGAUGGAAUUCAGGUGGAGCACAUCACAGUGGAGCCUGUGGAUGUGAUGGAGAUGGAGGAGACCGCGACAGUUGUGGUGGAGGACGGAGGGGUGGCAGAGAUGUGUGAAGAGGAUGUGGAGAGAUUAAAGCGGGCCGGGGUGCAGAUCCAGGUGGUGCGUGUGACCACAACUGAAGUUGAUGGGCAGCAGGUGGUGAACUCGCAGGUGGAAGUAGAGAUGGAGGGUGAAAUGGUGAACGUUGAGGAGGCAGAACAAACAGUGGUUGUAUGAGAAUGUGAAAAGGACUGUGUCUUAAAUGACCUGCGGGACAUUAUCGUUUAGCAGACAUCUUAGUUUCCAUAAAGGAUACUGCAUGUGGGAUAAAGCAUGUCACUUCAAUAUGUCCUGCUGUCUGCCAUCACAUUGAAUGACUCGGUUCCCACCAACCUCACAUUUUGAACUAUGCGUUAUGAACAGUUAUGGAUAUGAAUCGUUUCCUGCUUAUGAUCCUGUAUUUAUUUGAAAGCUAUCAUAUCACAUAUUCUGACUCUUCAUUGCUUCAUCAAUCUUAAUCAUCAAUUUUCAUGUGUUUUAUUUUUUUCUGUGUCCUUAUUUUAACUACGAUUUGUCUUUUUUUUUAGUUUGGGUCACAUGCCAAGACAAUUUGACAAUGAAUGAAAUGUUCAUGUUGCAGCUUAUUAAAUCACCGAUGUAUGGUGCUGAUGUUCCUCAGCGCUUAUGCCACAGUUUUGUUCAAGUUCCUAUUGACUUUUGUUUUUUUUGUAGGUAAAACUCAGAUAUGGAAUAAAAUUGGUUUCCUGAA